AGUACUACUACUACUGCUACACUUAAUUUCUCUCUCUUUUCUUUCUUCUUCACUUCAAUUUCUUUCUUUUCUUGGAACUGAAGUUGAAAAACUCAAAAAUGGAACAUCCAUUCUUCAUGAACGGCGCUGGAAAUACGUCGAGAGCGGAGGCGAUACGGUGGUUAUCAAUUGCCGAGAAGCUAUUGACUAACCGUGACCUAGUUGGAAGCAAAUCGUUUGCGACCCGUGCCCAUGAAUCCGACCCGACCCUUUUACCUGCCGACCAAAUUCUUGCAAUCGUUGACACCCUAAUCGCCGGCGACAAGCGGAUCAACAACCAGCAUCUUGAUUAUUACUCUAUUCUUCAAAUUCCUUCCAACCAAACUCAUGAUUCUGAACUUAUCGCUAAUCAGUACCGACGUCUUGCGCUCCUAUUGAACCCUCAGAAGAACAAUUUCCCUUUCUCUGACCAUGCUUUUCAUCUUGUGGUUGAUGCUUGGUCUGUUCUUUCAAACGCUUUUAGGAGAAGUGUUUAUGAUAAAGAAAUUGGGUUUUUUCUUAACCUUAACCCUGUAUCGUCUCCUCCACCUCCGACUAAUAACCCAGUUGGUUUCAUGCAGCAAAGUUCUAUGAUUUUUCAGAGUCAACCACAGUCGCAUCCAGUGAGUUCUGUUCCGAGUUCUUCAAGCAGAGAGCGGCAGACUGUAACAUUUCUUCAAGACCCACAACCCCAGCCAAUGACUUCUGUGACUAGCUUGACUAGAGAGCAGCAACCUGUAACAUUUCUGAGCAGAAAUCAAACACAGCCAGUAAGCUCUACUAUGCUAAGCCCGGACAGAGAACAACACCCGUUUACCUUUGGAUCAAGUACCACAAGAGGGCAACAGCAAGUAGCUUUUGCAGAAUCAACAAGAGGGCAGCAACAAGUUGCUUUUGCAGAGUCGACCAGAGGGCCACAACAAACAGCUUUUGCAGAGUCGACAAGAGGGCCACAGCAAGUAGCUUUUGUAGAGUCGACCAGAGGGCAACAGCAAGUAGCUUCUGUAGACUCGACAAGAGGGCAACAUCGAGUAGCGUCUAUGGAGUCGAGAAGAGAGCAACAAGAAGUAGUUUCUGUACAUCAGCAAGGUAAUAAGCAGGCACCACAAAGAAACGAGGGCUUGUUGGGGAACAAUCAAAAUUUCUCUGCUAGUACUAGUAGAAAUGUGAACAAUGAGGGUUUGUUUGGGAACAAUCAAAAUCACUCUGGUAAAAAUGUGAACAAUGCUGGUUUGUUUGGGAACAAUCAGAAUCACUCUGCUAGUAUUAGUAAAAAUGCGAACAAUGCGGGUUUGUUUGGAAACAAUCAGAAUCACUCUGCUAGUAUUAGUAAAAAUGUGAACGAUGAGGGUUUGUUUGGGAACAAUCAAAAUCAGUCUGCUAGUACCAAUAGAAAUGUGAACAAUGAGGGUUUGUUUGGGAGCAAUCAAAAUCAGUCUGCUAAUACUAGUCACAACAAUGUUAACAAUGAGGUUUUUUUUGGGAACAAUCAAAAUCAUUCUGUUAGUAGUAGUAACAACAAUGUCAGGGGAAAAGAGAGGGGUGCAGAUGCGUCAAGUCCUGCUGUUCCUAGUUUCUGGACUGCAUGUCCUUAUUGUUAUCUGAUGUAUGAGUAUCCUUUAGAGUACGUGGAUUGUACUUUGAGGUGUCAAAAGUGCAAGAGGGCAUUUCAGGCUGUAAAGAUUGCCUCGCCACCACCAAUUAUAGAGGGACAAGAAGCUUAUUUCUGUUGUUGGGGAUUUAUGCCUUUAGGAUUUUCCUUGGAGAUCUUUAAGAAAUACAAAGGCAAUAUUUCGAGCUGGACUCCGUUUGCACCCAUGUUUAAUAAACAUGGAGGUGUAAGAAAGCCAUCUGCUCCCAGAGUUUAUAUUGAUGAUUAUGAGGAUGUGUUUCUGGGAUUAUCAGAGUCGAGUGAGGAGUCAGAUGAGGAUUGGAAGGGUGAUAAUAAGAUGAAGAAGGCAAAGAGUGGGAAACGAAAAAGUAAAAGGUUUAGGAGAAAGAAGGGCAAGAUGCAGAAAUCUGACAAGGGAAAGAAUGUUGUAGGGAAUGCUGGUGAUGAUGUGCAAGAUGUUUCAGUGACUCAAGGGGGUGUAGAAGUGCCCAAUGUUACAACAGCUCAAUCAAGCAAGAGAGCUGGUAAUGCCAGAAGGCAAGCUGGAAGGGUUACCAAAGAUGUUGGGAAAUUGGAUUUGAAUGUGGAAUUCAGUAAUGAGGUUGAAGAGCCCCCUGCACCUGGGGUAGGCCAAGGCAAUGGAGCUGGAACAGGGGAGGAUGGGAACAUUGAAGGGAUUGAGUUUUUUGAAGGUCUUGAUGAAUUCCUAAGCAGUCUUCCUAUACUCAAUGCUGUGGGUGAUGAUAAGGUUAAGGCUGCCUAGCAAAGUAGAGAACACACUUGUCAUUGGUCGCAGGAGCUGUGUAGGCAUUUAUGACUUAAUGAGCAUGGUAGAUGAUGCAAUUUGAAGGUUGGCUAGAUCUUUCUUCUAUUUAUGUGUUUGCAAGUGACGUCCCCACAAUGAUUGUGUGCUAAGUCAGAUAUAAACUCAGUUUUGUUCUGAUAAGUUCUUAUAUUACUUCCAACUUGGUUCAGUUGGAGUUGGUGUAAUGGGAAAGUCUAAAGUUACUAAAGUUGCUGUUUCCAGCCUCAAUUUUAGCCUGCGAUACAACCUCUAUGAGAAGUUAUAAUCUGCUUAUCAUUCCAUUUAUGUUGCAGUGAUACGGAAUCCACUUUUUCUUUUUUUAAUAACAAAUAAAUUCCGGAGGGUCGGUUUAAACUGAAUGCACACAAGGAAUAACCACCAAAAUCUCAGGUGGAGAUAAAAGCAGUUCUUUUCCAUUAGGACCAUAAAAUUCCCAGGGAUGUUUAUGUACUUUGAUUGGUUAAAACUUCAAAAUGAUAUGGCUGCCGUUCUUUCAUAUGUUCAGAGUUCAGUGGCAAUAUGUUCAGGGUUCAGUAGCAAGUAUUUCUUUUCUCUGUUUGGUUUAACUUUGAAAAGAAAAUUGUAAGUGGCUAUGGUUAGUUUCAGAAUAACAUAUUUUACUCUAUGUAGGGCCGAUAUGGUUUAAAUGGAAGAUGCUGGUAUAAGUGUCAUGGACAAAUGCAGUUGUAGUAAACAGGAUUGAACAUUUUGUGUUGCAUGCUUUAAUGUGGUUUGGUAGUUGAAAUGACUGCAUGGAAUAGGCACAUGAGGAUACUAGUUCAGAAAGAAUAUGAGUAUUCGACCAAAAAGUUUAAGCUGAUGGGUGGAGUGGUCUAGGACAUUAUAAACAUUUCUGUAAAUCCUUACACAUACAACGAGUGACGAGUAUAUUUAACACAAUCCUGCGUAUGUAGCCUGGUUAUAUGGUUUACCAGUUGACUGAUUUGUAUUUUAUUUUUUGCUGCUAUUUGUACUUUCUUUUUUCCAUGAAGGCUGAAGAGUGGAUAUGAAGCAGAGUGAAGGAAGAGAGAAGCCUAGUGUGGCAUGGCGUGAUGAUGGUCCGUAGAAGGAUAUUUGUCCUAAGCGUAGAGUAGAUAGAGAAAAACAGUUGUGAAGACUGAUUUACCGAAAAUUUGAAUAUGGACACCAUAUGAGUGAAUAUGUCUCCAACACAAAACUUUAAGGCAAUGGACGGAGGCAUUAAACACUUAUCUAUUUGAUUAUAUCAUCAACAGUUCUUUUAUAUGAUAUUUUUUUUCAGCUAUUGACUU